AUGGCAGACCCAGCCGACGAAACUCACAGCCUCCUGGCCUACUACCAGCACCGCGUGUCCGCCGCCGAUGCGGAGCGCCAGGAGCUGCUGGAGCGGGUGGCGGCCUGCAGCGGGCCCACGCCAGCAGAGACAUACAAGCUGCAGGCGGAGAACCGCAAGCGCACCGACGAAGUGCGGGAGCUGCAAAAGGCGCUGAGCGAUGCCCACACCUACCUGUUUGAGGAGCGGGAGCGGCUGCUGGCGCUGCAGGCCGAAAACGACUCGCUGCGCCUGCAAGAGGUGGAGGACCGGGCGCGCAUCAAGCAGCUGCUCUCCCUGACCCGCCCCGUUGAGCACAAGGUGGUGUAUGGCAGCGAAAACGGCCCACACUCCAAUGCUGUCUUCCCACGCAGCAGCGGCGGCGCCAGCGGCGUCGGCAGCAGCGGCAGCAGCAGGAGCCCCCGGCGCGGCGCCAGGGCCGGCGGCGCUGGCGGCGGCAGCCGCGAGAGCGGCGUGCCGCCCGCCGGCGGCCCCGCGCCCGAGCGCAUCCUGCGGACAGUCUACCUGCCCACGGCCCAGGGGGAGGCGCUGGCGCUGCGGUGCGAGGCGCUGCAGGCGCAGCUGGCGGAGCAGAAGAGGUUUGCAGCCGAGCGGAUCGCGGCGCUGCAGGAGGAUCGGGCGAUCCGGGAGCGGGACGCCGCAGCGGCGGCCACCGCGCUGAGCGCCACCGCUGAGGAGCUGGCCGAGAAGCUGCGCGGCGCUGAGGAGGCGCUGCGGUGCACCACCCGGGACUACAUCCUGGCCCGCCAGCAGCGGGAUGUGGCGGAGGAGGCGGCGGCGGCGGCACGCGCGGCGUUACAGGCGCAGCUGGCGCAGCGCGCCGAGGAGCUGCUGAAAUUUGAGACGGUGCACAAGCUGCUGCGCUCCCAGCUGGAGGCGCGGGCAGCGGAUGCCGAGCGGCGGGCUGCUCGCGCGUCUGCUCGCGCCCGCGAGCUGCAGCUGCGCCGCGCCCACGAGAUGGAGGGGUGGGCCAGCGACGUGGGCCAGCUGCGCAAGCGCAUUGCGGCAGUGGAGCGGCGGCUGGCGCAGGCGGCCCUGCUGCAGCGCCUGCCGGACGAUGAGCGGCGGGACGCGGUGCUGGCCAGGCAUGCCAGGCUGCUGCCUGGCGGCUCCCAAGCCUUUGACUAUGAGUGCAGCCUGGACGACCUGGUGGCCGAGCUGCUGUGCGUCAAGGACUCACUGCUGGGGAUGGGCGAGCGGGUGCGGGGCGCUGCGCAGCCUGCGGCGGCGGCGCAGCAGCACGAGGGGGACGAGCCGCUGGGCGAGAGCCAGGACGCGGGCUAG